AGCCUGUGCACAAUUCUAAGAACGCCCUAAGUUUUCGCGGGAAAAAAAAUCCUAGCAGCUGGAAGGAUCCCGCGCUCUGGGGCUCACUAAGGUCCUCUGCCACUCACGCGGCUUCCCUCCUCGGUCACCUAGCCGCAGAGCCCUAACUUAAGAGCCAGAAACUCCAGGCGAGAGGAGAGUGCGGAUCGCCGCCGCGGGAGAGCAUCUCGGCAUCAUGUGGAUCCAAGUUCGAACCAUGGAUGGGAAGGAGACCCACACUGUGGACUCUCUGUCCCGGUUGACCAAGGUGCAGGAGCUGAGGAAAAAGAUCGAGGAGCUAUUUCACGUGGACCCCCAGCUGCAGAGACUCUUUUACAGGGGCAAACAGAUGGAGGACGGUCACACACUCUUCGAUUACGACGUGCGCCUCAAUGACACCAUUCAGCUGCUGGUGCGCCAGAGCCUGGCGCUGCCUCUCAGUACGAAGGAACGGGACUCGGAGCUUUCCGACUCUGACUCUGGCUACGGCGUAGGCCAGAGUGAGUCGGACAAGUCGUCCAUGCACGGCGAAGGGGCCGCUGAAGGGGACGACAAGAUCGUGUGGGAGGACACGGAGCUAGGGCUGUACAAGGUUAAUGAGUACGUGGAUGUGCGUGACAACACCUUGGGUGCGUGGUUUGAGGCCCAGGUGGUCCAGGUACAGAAGAAAGCCCCAGCUCAGGAAGAUCCCUGCAGCUCCAGUGCCAUUACCACCCCGGAGGAUGACAUCAUGUACCAUAUCAAAUAUGAUGACUACCCAGAGCAUGGAGUGGAGGUUGUCAAAGCCAAGGAUGUCCGGGCUCGUGCCCGAACUGUGAUCCCGUGGACCGACCUGGAGGUGGGCCAGGUGGUAAUGGUAAACUACAACGUGGACUACCCCCGGAAACGUGGCUUCUGGUAUGACGCUGAGAUCUCUAGGAAGCACCAGACCAGGACAGCGCGUGAGCUGUAUGGCAACGUCAUGCUCGUGAACGGGUCUCAGCUCAAUGACUGUCGCAUCAUGUUCGUGGAUGAGGUCUUCAGGGUCGAGCUCCCUAAUGAAAGGAGCCCCUUGAUUGGGAGCCCCUCGCAACCCCCUCCCGCACUCCGGAACACAGGGAAGAGCGGCCCGUCCUGCCAGUACUGCAAGGACGACGAGAACAAGCUGUGUCGCAAGUGCGCCUGCCACGUGUGCGGCGGGCGCGAGGCUCCCGAGAAGCAGGUGCUGUGCGACGAGUGUGACAUGGCCUUCCACCUGUACUGCCUGGAGCCCCCGCUCACCAGCGUUCCCCCUGAGCCUGAGUGGUACUGUCCUAGCUGCCGGACUGACUCCAGCGAGGUGGUGCAAGCUGGGGAAAAGCUAAAGAAGAGCAAGAAGAAGGCGAAGAUGGCAUCGGCCACCUCAUCCUCUAGGCGGGACUGGGGCAAGGGCAUGGCGUGUGUGGGACGUACCACGGAGUGUACUAUUGUGCCCGCCAACCACUUCGGGCCCAUCCCCGGCGUCCCCGUGGGGACCAUGUGGCGCUUCAGAGUCCAGGUCAGCGAGUCUGGUGUGCAUCGGCCACAUGUGGCGGGCAUCCAUGGCCGGAGCAACGAUGGUGCCUACUCGUUAGUGCUGGCAGGCGGCUAUGAAGAUGAUGUGGACAACGGUAAUUCCUUCACAUACACCGGAAGUGGUGGCCGAGACCUUUCUGGUAACAAGCGAACUGCCGGCCAGUCCUCUGACCAGAAGCUUACUAAUACCAACAGGGCUCUAGCCCUCAACUGCAAUCAUCCAAUCAAUGAGAAAGGUGCAGAGGCUCUUGACUGGCGUCAGGGGAAGCCAGUGCGCGUGGUCCGCAACAUGAAGGGCGGGAAACACAGCAAGUACGCGCCCGCAGAGGGUAACCGCUACGAUGGCAUCUACAAGGUGGUGAAAUACUGGCCAGAGAAAGGUAAAUCUGGCUUUCUUGUGUGGCGCUAUCUCUUGCGACGGGAUGACACAGAGCCUGGGCCUUGGACCCGAGAGGGCAAGGACCGCAUACGGCAGCUGGGGCUCACGAUGCAGUACCCUGAAGGCUACUUGGAGGCCUUGGCCAGCAAGGAGAAGAACAGGAAGCGCCCGGCCAAGGCCUUGGAACAGCAAGAACCCUCACCCUCCAAGACCGGCAAAUGCAAGCGCAAGUCCACAGGCGCGGUCACCUCCAACUCCCGUGUGUCUAAGAAGAGCAAACUGGAACCCUAUACACUCCCAGUGCAGCAGGCCAACCUCAUCAGGGAGGACAAGAGCAACGCCAAGCUGUGGGAUGACGUGCUAAGUUCACUUCAGGAUGGGCCGUACCAGGUCUUCCUGAGCAAGGUAAAGGAGGCUUUCCAGUGCAUCUGUUGUCAGGAGCUGGUGUUCCGGCCCGUCACCACUGUGUGUCAGCACAAUGUUUGCAAGGACUGCCUGGACAGGUCCUUCCGGGCCCAGGUGUUCAGCUGCCCAGCCUGUCGCCGUGACCUGGACCACAGCUCCCCGACCCAGGUCAAUAGGCCUCUGCAGACCAUUCUCAACCAGCUCUUCCCUGGCUAUGGCAGCGGCCGGUGAUGCCAAGACCCAGGCAGAGGGCCCGCAGCCCCGCUCUGAGUUGGUAGUGGGUUUAGCUCGAAGGUGUUGUCCUUCUAUGUCUGCCCUGGCGACUUGUCUGUCCUGGUUGCCACCAAGGCAUCUGCAGGAAUCCCGUUCUGGCUACCAGUU